AUGGCAACACCAACGCCCCUGCCCACAAGAACCGACCUCGCCAAAAAGGCGAGCCGCUACCGCCUCUACGCCGGAAUCCUCUCCUGGUUAGACCGCUACCUCUCCUGGCCCUUACCCACCCGCCCAGCCCUCGAACUCACGAUCCCCAGCACAAUCAGCAAACUCCCGGGUCCCAUCCAACUCUACUUCUUCACCGCAACGGGAACCCUGCUCUCCCCAGGCGAAGACGAAGAACAACCACACACAAAGCGGCCCGUCCUCAUCAACUUCCACGGCGGCGGGUUCGCAAUCGGUCAUCCACUCGACGAUGCGCGGUGGAUCGCAGCCGUUCUGCAGAAACAUGCCUCCGCAGUCGUCGUGAGCGUGGGGUAUAGACUAGCCCCUGAACACCCGUUCCCCGUUCCGAUGGAAGAUUGCGUCGACGCGAUGAUUUGGUUGUGGGAGCAUGCGGGACAGUAUCGACUUGAUCGGGGGCGGUUCGUGCUAUGCGGGGAUUCAGCGGGUGGGAAUCUGUGUUUAACGGUUCCGCUGCGCCUCCGCGAGGAGCUGAUCAAACGCCGUGAGCGGCAGGGUGAAUCGCCCGGUAUCAAGUUGGCGGGUUUAAUCGCGUUUUAUCCUAGUACGGACUGGUCACGCAGUCGGAUUGAGCGGGAUGCGACGAAUCCGAUUGCCUCGAAGAAAUCCAUGAUUACGCCGGAGGUAUUCAAGUUCUUUGAUGAUUCGUAUUUAAUGCUGGAGAAUUUACCACGGAAGGAUGGGACGGAUGAAAUUGAUAUGGCUCAUCCGUAUGUGUCGCCUGGACUAGCGCCCAUGGGAUUGAUAUUGGCGUCGUAUCCUGGGGAUGUGGCGAUUUAUACCUGUGGGUGGGAUCAGUUGCUUGUGGAGGGGAAUGAGUUUCGGGAGAGGUUGAGGGGGUUUGUGGGAUCUGGGGGAAUGAGGUCUGUUGGAGGGAUGGUGAUUGAGGAUGUGGUUCAUGGAUUUGAUAAGAGGCCUUCGUUCUUUUUGGGGAAUGGGUCGAGGGAGAAGAUGUACGGGGAUGCGGUGCGGCAGUUGGGGGUGAUGUGGAAGGAGAGCGGGGUUGAUGGGGAUGUUCGAGAUGGGAGUUGA